AUGUUGCGCCUCCUGACGAGCUUCGCAGCCGCCGGCGCGAUCCUGCCCGCUGCAGAGGCCAUCCUCGUCGCGCCCGAUUCGCCGUGCUCGACCAACUGCGGCAACGUCCUGGACUCGACGUCUGCCGGCGACCUGGUGUGCACGCCGGGCCAGUACACGGGCGGCUAUGAUAAUGGAGCUGGGACCGUGUUUCAAGGCUGCGUUGAGUGUGAGCUGGACAGCGGGUAUGCGACCAAGAGCAACUACUCCGACAACAUGGCGGCCUUGUAUAACCUUCGGUAUGCUGUGUCGUACUGCGUCUUCAACGAGCCGCAGCAUAAUGACUUUGUCAACAAUCCAUGCGUGACGAGCAAAGCUUGUGGCGCCUUCACCAGCGCUAUUGCAUACCAGAACCUGUCCGUCGAGUAUGACGACUACGGAUACUGCGAUCUAUGGCCCACGAGCGACAGCUUAGACUUUCACGGAUGCAUCGAAUGCCUCCAGGUCACCAACAACUAUCUGGCGAACUUCAUCACUGUUCUUCAAGCUGGAUGCGAACAAAAGCCAAGCAGCGGCGUGACCCUCGGACUCGAGGGCAACAUAUUUUCGAGCGACGUCGUCAACAUCACUGAGCCUACACCAACGGCGCGGGUAGAUCCCGCCUGGUUCGAUCACGGCCCGCUGGGCCUCGGCGGAAAAGUCGGCAUUGCCGUGGCCGGAUUCAUUCUGUUGCUCAUCCUCGCUGGUGUGGCCAUCGUCUGCAGGGGCAGAAGGCGGAGAAAGGCCUUCCUCAAGAAGCUGCAGACCAACAUGCCGCAGAUGAAGUCCAACCCGGGUGGCUGGCCAUCCAUGCCCGGCGGUAUUCAGCAUGACUCUAGUGAGACGCCGCUGAGCCAGCGCCCUCUGCGGACCUGGGACGACUCUCCCGUCACCGGCAACACGGAGAAGACGUUUCCUCGAUACUUCUCCCCCUACUCCUCCCAGUUCAACAGUCCCAUCAGUGCCACGGACGUCAACCACAUGCCGUGGCCGGAACCCGCGCUGGGCUCUCCUCGGUCUCCUCGCGAGAUUGGGCUCGCACUCGGUUCGGCCAUCGACGUUAACGCUAGUAAUGCAAACCACGAGCGAUGGCCAGCGUCGCCGGAAGAUAAAGGCAAGAUGAAGGAGGAGUCAUACGAAAUGCAAUACGUCGACAGUGCCGGGAGCGGAAUCGUGGCCAACAAGCAACCCGUGCACGUCGAGGCUCCGAUCCUGAGCCAUCCCGGGUACGGAAGAAACUCUGAUAGCCCGCCGAGGCAAUACGACGUGAAUGGGAAUGCGAUGUGA